AUGAACUUGAAAGCCGUUGAAAAUGGCAUUUAUUCUAUUGGCAAACUGAAGCAUGUUUUUGACACGCAGCUCCAGCGUUCUCAGCUCCUCCAGGCUCUUUGGAAGCCAGCCUCGAAAUCCGAAGUGAACAAUAUGAAAACCCUUCCGUUGGCGAUAAGACCCAAGGUUGAUCUACACAGAGACAUUGCAAAAGAAAGUGGAAAAGAGGGAUGGUCAUUGAAAGCCGCUCAAUCCUUUGGAUACGCCAAAGAGCUUGUCAAAUUCUACAAACACGGAGUGAAGCUGGUCUGGAAUAACCACAAGACACUCAGGGCACUCAGAAAGUCCGAUUUCAAAGUGACGAACCAGAUCAACAACGAGGGUAAAACUGUGGAUAUUCAGGUUCCAUCGUUUGCCACAUUGACGCAAGAAAUGGCCCAGGGAUUGUACCAGAAGCGUGUGGAAAACAGGACCAAUAUCGAAAACACAGCUGGAGAUGCUGUGGACCACAACAAAGGCUCGGCUCUCAAGGCGUACACACCAGAAAUGUUCAAUUUGCUGAGAUCGGACUUUUUGUUGUUCAAGCGUACCCCUAGCGAUUUCAUCAAAAUACCCAGCUUUUCGGUGAUCUUCCUCAUUUUCAUGGAGAUGACGCCAUUGCUUUGCUAUGCUUUCCCCGAAAUCACCCCGCUGACGUGUAUUCUCCCCUCACUUCUUCCUCGUCUCUGGUCUGCCAAAAACAGCGACAAGGUUGCAAAAUCUGUACCUGAGAAUACUGACUUGGAAGAAUUGGCUGCGAAAACAGCUUACAACUUGACGCUGGAGCAGGUUGCAUCAUUAGCUGAUGCUCUUCGUCUCAAGACAAAAUACAUUCCUACACAGCUUUUCCCAGAGCUGGUUUUGCGCAACCGUUUACAGGCACACUACAAUUUCCUCACGGUGGAUAACUACUACCUCAGUGGACUCAAUGGAAACGGUAAUGUGUGGGAUUUGACGAAACAGGAGCUUUUGUACGCUUGUCUUGAGCGUAAUUUGAUCAGGGACGUUAAGAAAUACGCAGACUUGGAAGAGUCGCAUGCGCCAAACAAGGACGAGCUCGUCAAGCACGAGUUGAACAUCUUGAGGCUACAGCUCACGCAGUUCAUCAUGAACUUUGAAAAAUACAACAUCGGCUAUCUUCUUUUGCUGCAAAAAGUCGAGCAGCCCAGCGAGGAGGCCAUCACGUGGAGAGAAGAGUGA